UCUUUGCUCUGCUGUUUUCGUUUGUACUUACAUGCCCCACCCACUCAUUCACUUGCAUUCAAUUCAAUUACACCAAUACAAAACAGACAAAUCAAUAUCAAACCCCCCCUUUUUGCCUUUUCCCUUUCCUCUAUUCUCCACAAACUCCCCCCUUCCUUCAUAUACCCCCACCCUCACUCACAACUCUCUAUAAAUACAUCACCACCUUCUCAUUAAAAAUUACAUUAUUUCAUAUCCUCUCUCAACAAAAAAUCAUCAUUCCUAAAACCAAAACCAAAACCAUUAAAAUGAAAGAAUAUUGGACUUCUCUUGCAUCAAUUCUUGGUGUAUUUGCAUUCUUUCAAACAAUCCUCCAAACAGUUUUUCCACCAGAACUCCGUUUCGCUUCCGCUAAACUUUUCAACAAACUCUUCAACUGUUUCUCAUCUUACUGUUACUUCGAAAUAACCGAAAUCGACGGCGUUAACACCAACGAACUCUACAACGCGGUUCAGCUUUACCUAAGUUCCUCCGUUUCCAUCACCGGGAAUCGUUUAAGCUUAACACGCGCCGUUAACUCAAGCGCCUUCACUUUCGGUCUCGCCAACAAUGACAGCAUCAUCGACACGUUUAACGGCGUUAACGUUGUUUGGGAACAUGUUGUCACACAGAGAAACUCUCAAACAUUUUCAUGGCGUCCAUUACCAGAUGAAAAACGAGGUUUCACUCUUCGUAUCAAGAAAAAAGAUAAACAAUUGUUGUUAAACUCUUAUUUGGAUUACAUUAUGGAAAAAGCUAGUGAUAUACGAAGAAAGAAUCAAGAUCGUUUAUUGUACACAAAUUCAAGAGGUGGGUCGUUGGAUUCAAGGGGUCAUCCAUGGGAAUCUGUGCCGUUUAAGCAUCCAAGUACUUUUGAUACAUUGGCUAUGGAUCCUAUGAAGAAGAAAGAGAUUAUGGAAGAUUUGCAAGAUUUUGCAAAUGGACAAGGCUUUUAUCAUAAAACUGGUAGGGCUUGGAAAAGAGGUUAUCUUCUUUAUGGUCCUCCAGGAACUGGAAAAUCUAGCAUGAUUGCUGCUAUGGCUAAUUUUCUUGGUUAUGAUAUUUAUGAUUUGGAGUUAACUGAAGUUCAUAAUAAUUCUGAACUUAGAAAGCUUCUAAUGAAAACUAGUUCUAAGUCUAUUAUUGUUAUUGAGGAUAUUGAUUGUUCUAUUAACCUCUCUAACAGAAAAAACAAUAAGAAAAGUGUUGGUUCUGUUUCUGUUAACUCUAGGAAUUUCUAUGAGAAUGGUGUUGGUGAAAUGAGAGGUGUUGGUGAAGAGAAUGGGAAUUCAAUAACUCUUUCUGGGUUGUUGAAUUUUACUGAUGGGUUAUGGUCUUGUUGUGGGAGUGAGAGGAUUUUUGUGUUUACCACGAAUCAUAUUGAGAAGCUUGAUCCUGCUUUGUUGAGGAGUGGGAGAAUGGAUAUGCAUAUUUUCAUGAGUUAUUGUUCGAUACAAGCUUUGAAAAUUUUGUUGAAGAAUUAUUUGGGGUGUGAAGAGGGUGUUGAUUUGGAUGACUCUGUUUUGAAGGAAUUGGAGGAAGUUGUUGAAAUGGCAAGGAUGACACCAGCUGAUAUAAGUGAGGUUUUGAUUAAGAAUCGGAGGAAGAAAGAGAAAGCUGUGGAUGAAUUGUUGGAGAUUUUGAAGGUGAGAGCAGAGAGGAAUGCAAAAAAUGGUAGUGUUGUGAGGAGGGAAAAUAAUGGGGUUGGAGAUGAAGAUGAUGUUGAAGAUGAAGAGCAAGAAAAAAGGGCACUUGAUAGUGAUAGUCCUAAACAAGAAUCUGAGAUUGAAGAUGAUUGCAAGGAAGGAUCAGAGGAAGAAGAGAAAAUCAAGUGAUUAUCAUAAAAAGUUAAUUGUAAUAAUAUGCAGCAGCAUGCAGUGUAGUGUAAUUCAACAAAAAAUGAAUAUUGAAGAUGGCUUAUGAAAUACAGGGGAAGGAAGAAGCUAUAGCUUCUAAAUUUUGAACUAUGGAAUUAAUCUGUCUUAUAUUUUAGUUUGUUA